AUGAAGGUACCGAGUGGAUCGCAAGAUUGGCGCCGGAGGCUGUGGCGCCGUGUAAUCCGGUACGAUGCCGUAUCUCGCUGCUCCAGGCUGCUCCGGCCGUGGCUGACUCGAGCAGGAACCGAUCUCCAAACGGGCGAGGAAGUCGCUAUCAAGCUCACAUACAUAGCAGAUGGCCCCGAGAUUCUUCGAUGGGAGAAGCACAUGUACGACGAGCUGGCUGGUGGGGCUGGAAUUCCGCGCGUGAGGUUUUACGGUUCAGAAUGCGACUUCUACGUCCUGGUGCAUGAUCUGCUCGGCCCUUCUCUCGAGGAUCUGUUCAACUAUUGCGGCCGGAGAUUCUCGCUUAAAACUAUCCUCCUCAUCGCCGACCAGGCCAUCUUCCGUAUUGAACAUAUUCAUGCCAAGGGCAUCAUCCAUCGCGACAUCAAGCCCGAUCACUUUUUGAUGGGGCUCGGCAAGCACGGGAACACGCUCUACGCGAUCGACUUUGGGCUGGCCAGGUGUUUCGCUGAUUCCCACAAGGAUGUGGAGGGUCUUCCGUUCGGCGGCACUCGACUGUUCGCCAGCAUCCGCAACCACGGCGGCUGUGUCCAGUCUUGGGGGGACGAUCUGGAGUCGCUUGGGUAUGUCCUGCUGUAUUUUGCGCGCGGCUCGCUGCCGUGGCAGCAUUUGGAAAUCUCAGGGAACAAGGCCGACGACAAGCAGAUCAAGGCGAUGAAAGAAAGCUUCUCGGGAGAAGCGCUCUACCACGACGACCUUCCCUCACCUUUUGCCACGUACAUGGACUACGUACGAUCCCUGGAUUUUGGCGAGAAACCCGACUACGCAUACCUUUGGGGCCUUUCCCGUCGCUUGUUUACUGCAGAGGGCUUCAAAUACGACAAAGUCUUUGACUGGACCGAGAAGAGGUUUCAUGAGAUCUGUAGCUAA